AUGAAGGUUCUGGAGAAAGGGGAAGGUGACACCAUUUUCACCAUGAAGGAUGUUACAAGAAAUGACUCAGGCACCUACAGCUGUGUGUACACCAGAGAUAAACUCAUACCUAGUCAGGUGUUCUCAACAGGCAAGGAUUUAGUAGCCAUCCAGGUCUACGAAGGAAUCCCUAAACUGUCCUCCUAUGCCAAGACAGAGGACAAACUGUUCAAGAACCUCUUCAGAAACUACCAGAAAUGGGUGAGGCCUGUGGAAUACCUCAAUGGCACAGUACGGGUCAGAUUUGGACUGGCCAUCUCCCAGCUAGUGGACGUGGACGAGAAGAACCAGUUGAUGACAACCAAUGUGUGGAUGAAACAGGAAUGGUUGGACAUGAAGCUACGCUGGAACCCUGAUGACUACCUGGGCAUCACUAAUAUCAGAGUCCCCUCGGACUCCAUCUGGAUCCCAGACAUUGUGCUCUAUGACAAUGCCGAUGGACGUUUUGAGGGCUCUGUCACCAAGGCUGUUGUCAAGUAUGAUGGCACCAUCACCUGGACACAGCCCGCUAACUACAAGUCAGCCUGCAUCAUCGAUGUCACCUUCUUCCCCUUUGACCUGCAGAACUGCUCAAUGAAGUUUGGCUCCUGGACCUAUGAUGGCUCACAGGUUGAUAUCCUCCUGGAGGACUUCCAUGUGGAUAAGAGGGACUACUUUGACAAUGGUGAAUGGGAGAUAGUGAAAGCGACAGGCAGCCGUGGUCUGAGGAUGGACGGUUCCUGCCACUUCCCCUUCAUUACCUACUCCUUUAUCAUCCGUAGACUGCCGCUCUUCUACACCCUCUUCCUCAUUAUCCCCUGUAUCGGCCUUUCCUUCCUCACCAUCCUGGUCUUCUACCUGCCCUCCAACGGUGGGGAGAAGAUCUCCCUGUGCACCUCUGUGCUGGUGUCCCUCACCGUCUUCCUUCUCGUGAUCGAGGAGAUCAUUCCGUCCUCCUCCAAGGUCAUCCCUCUGAUCGGGGAGUACCUGGUGUUCACCAUGAUCUUUGUCACGCUCUCAAUCGUCAUCACCGUCUUCGCCAUCAACAUCCACCACCGCUCCUCGUCCACGCACCAAGGCAUGGCGCCCUGGGUGCGUCGUAUCUUCCUGCACAGGCUGCCUAAGCUGCUGUGUAUGCGCAGCCACGUGGACCGCUAUGCUACCCCAGAGUCCACCCCUCAUCUCUCCUCUAGGAAUAACCUGCAGGCUGCUUUGGACUCUAUCCGCUACAUCACCAUGCAUGUGGUCAAGGAGAACGAGGUCAGAGAGGUGGUGCAGGACUGGAAGUUUGUGGCUCAAGUUCUGGAUCGUGUGUUCCUGUGGACCUUUCUCCUAGUCUCAGUACUGGGCUCUGCUCUGCUCUUCAUCCCUGUCAUCUACAAAUGGGCAAACAUCAUCGUCCCCAACCAUGCAGGCGGCAGCGGAUAA